AUGGCUUUUUGGGAUAGACUGCCGGAGAUCCCCAUCAAACCCUUUGACGGGAAGAGGCAGGAUUAUCCUGAAUGGGCAAGCACCUUCCCUUCAAUUAUCAGGAAGAAAGAGAAGCUCGAUAAUGUCAGGAAGAUGCAGCACUUGAAGGGUGCACUCAGAGGAGAACCAGCUAAACUCAUCUCAAAUAUCGACAUCGAUGACAACGCUUUUGAUAUAGCAUGGAGCAUCCUCAAAAGCAGGUAUGAUAUCAAGAGAUUGUUAAUCACAGCUCAACUCAACAAACUCCGAGAUCCGCCUCCAGUCAAGGAGAGGAAGGCAGCUGAGUUACACAAAUUGAUCAGUGACACAACUCAAGCCACGGAAGCACUGAAAUCACUCGGAAUUCCUAACGAUCAAUGGGGUCCCUUGAUUAUUCACAACGUGGUCCGAAGACUUGAUAAGCAGACACAUGCUCUCGAGGCGAUGGAAAUCGAGACAUUCAAACAGGUCAAGCCACCCCCAACGCAGAAAGGAUCAACCGAUAAGACAACUCACCAACUCAUCAAAAGCAAUCAACACGCUGCUAAGGUGAUGGAUGCCAGCAGCUCCACUAAAGAAUCUUGGAGGUGGAGGCCAGAUCAACCAAUCCAAACUCACCAACAAUUUGCAGAAGAGAGUAAGCACAGAAUGAUCAUAAAAUGGUUUGGUGAUCAGCCAGCAGCUCAGUCUCCUUUUUCAAUACACUCCCUUGUAUCAUUGGGGGCCUCGACAGGAAAAAGAGCUGGAGACUGGUACGGUCCAGCCUCGGUAGCUCACCUUCUAAGUCAAGCUUUCAAAGUAGCUGCCACUAGACAUGAGGAACUGGAGAAUUUGAGUGUCUACGUCGCCCAAGACUGUGCUGUUUAUCUAGAAGACGUAAGAAGGUCCUGUGAACGUUCUGAUGGCACGUGGAGGUCACUAGUUAUCCUAGUACCUCUGCGAUUAGGUGCAGAUAAACUGAAUUCUGGUUACGGACCUUGUUUAACUGCUCUCCUCAGUCUAGAAGUCUGCAUUGGUGUUAUUGGGGGUCGACCACGACAUUCUUUAUACUUCAUUGGAUAUCAAGAAGACAAAUUGAUUCAUCUUGAUCCACAUUAUUGUCAAGAGACUGUCGACGUAUGGAAACAUAACUUUUCACUCGCCAGUUUUCACUGUUCUUCUCCAAGGAAAAUGUUACUUUCUAAGAUGGAUCCCAGUUGUUGCAUUGGGUUUUAUCUUCAUGAUAAAAAGUCUCUAGAAAGUUUCAUUAAGAUUGUUCAACCCUUUUUAGUACCACCGAAUCAAAAAGUUGAGUAUCCAAUGUUUCUUUUUUGUGAUGGAAGUGGAGAUGAGAUGCGUCGCGGAUAUUCAGAAUCGCCUUCAACUAACACGAAUUUAGCACAAGAUACUCCAUGUGAUGAUGAACAUUAUGAGUGCGAGGAGUUUGAACUCAUUUGAAUUAAAUUAUCCGUGCGAAAUUCUCAAUUUCAUUCGGUGCUCAAGUGAUGAAAAAGUUUACGACAAAAUUUACUAAUGGUGGAUAUCUUGGGAGGUAAAGAAAUGCUUGUGGCAGGAGACUUUAUUUUUAGCGAUUUUGUGGAUUAAAAAAAACUUUAGGAUAUUUGCUGAUCAGUCUUUAGAUAUUUGUAGAACAGAAUGAAUCAGCCGAAGAUAUUCGAACCGUUUCUGUUCAUUUUCAAAAAUAUUCUUUACUUCUCAGUCGUGAUCUGGUAUGGCUA